GGAUGUAGAAUUUGUUUUGUUUUGGCGCACGGAGGGAAAACUCCGUAGGAGAGUUAACAUUUUUUAAGGUACGAUUUAAAUGCAUUACUCAUUUCAAAGCACUCAUAUAUGCCAUGAUAACUUCUUCUUGUUGUUUAGAAAGAAAUAACAAUCAGAUGGGCUCGUUAAAGCUCGUAAUGUGAAUUUUACUUUGCUUAUAUACUCGAAAACAGACUUUAACCAUGUUUACAGUCAAUAUUUUUAUCGUUGAUUUCACUUUGAUUGUAAUAAUUAGGUGGAUUUUUGGCUUGUUUUUAAUAUGAGAGUAGGUGUGAAUGACUGAUGUUGCCAUAGAAACUGGCUCAGACUGUAUUUACUCAGUUUUAAUUGAUAAAUCAGUUGUUUGAAUCAUUAGAAUUUAUUUCACAUUAUCGAUGCAGGAUCGUAGAUGUAUAAAAAUGUAACAAGUCUUAUUCCCCUCUUGAAAUACCUCUGUAGAUCAUGCCGUCCAGACAGCAGGAUAUGGCCAAGAUCAACAUCUCCCAGGUUCUGUUCCUGUCUGUGGACGGUGAGCCCAUGUCCUUUUACCUGAGGCCGGGUCCUGUUAAACGUCAGCUCCAGCCCCUUAUCACAGCUGGAGGAGGACUGAUGUGCAACACCCAGCAGCCAGGAGCCAUCCUUCUGCUUGAUCCAGCAGACAAAAGCUCCAUUAGUAAAGCGAAUGCACACAGGUGAGUCAGGCACUGAAGAAUAUGCAACAUUUGAUGAUUGAUUUUAUGCCUUUCUGAAGAUUUUAACAUGCUACUUUGCUGUUAUAGAUUCUUUUUGUAAAUGUUACCCUGUAAGCAUUAACUAUGAAAGCAUAGACACGAAGCUAUCCUUUCUCUCCUUCACAGGUAUAUCUCCACUCAGUACAUUCAUGACUGUGUUGAGAAGGAAGAACAGCUGAAUGUGGAAGACUACCGGCUAUAUCCAGCUGCUGUCUCAAAUCAGUCUGCUAAGCAGAACCGCAAUAGUGGAAGCUCUGCAGCAAAUCCAGGAGGUAUGAUUUAACUUUGGUUUUGGUUUUUUAAAGUAAGUGUACUCAUGGUUUUUCACAUUCAGUGAAGUCAUUGAUUCUGUUGCGACUUAAAGGGCUUUUUAAGUCCUUUUAGAUGGAAAAUGUAUUUGUGUUAGUUUUACAGGCUCUGAAGUUUUAAACCUGCUUAUGCAUGUACCUUUAUCAUUUUUAGCAGGCAGAGCUGCUUACACGUCUGAAGAAGAUGCUGCUAUAAUAAAGUUUGUCAGUAAGCAUGAGUCAGAGAUUGGGGGAAACCGUAUCUGGCAGAUGAUGGAGAGGCGGAAAGUGACCAAUCACAGCUGGCAGUCAAUGAAAUACCGCUACAGAGCGCGACUGAUGAAGAAACAAUCAGAGGUUGUGGAGGAAGAAACAACAGAUAAAGAGACGGAGGUAACAGAGGAAGAGAUCAAGGUAAUUAACCAGCAAGGUGUUUUUUUUUAACUCUCUGUGACAUACAGAUGUUUGCAUUAAUUUAGAUUUACAGGAGCACAGUCACAUGAGCAUUCACACGAUAAAUCUGACAUGAGUCACUGGGAAAAUGUGUACGUACAAACACAACAAAACAUACAAGUGGAAAAAACCCCACCUUGUUCAGUAACAACACAAAAGUUCUGUACAUGAUGUUAGAAUAUGCUCAAUUUAUGUGUUGUCCAAAGAGUGAACAGACUUGAACAGUUAACCAUGACACAACAAAAUCCCUUUAAUUCAACACCUCUGUCCACAAGCACUCUUUAUAUUAUGUAACUUUUACCAUAUAAGUAGAGGAAAAACACUCAAAUAGGGUGGGCUGUGGGCUGUCAUGAAGUACAUGAAUUUGAACCCACUUAAGAGGUGCCUCUGUAAGCCCUGUUGUUAGUGUAGUAUGUACAGUUCGAGAUGACAAAAUCAAGGGUUGAACACUUAUUUACAAACUCUACCUUCAUAAAGAGGACAAAAAUGAAACCAAAAAGGACAAGACUCUUAGUUGACACGAGUACAUACCCAUAAAUAGUUCUUUUUUUAGUGUAAGGUUGUCGAGAUCUCAUCCAAAACAACAUGAGUGUUUGAUGUUGUGUACAAGUAGAGCUGAGAGGUACAAGUGUGUGAUUCAUCAGCUCAAUAUGAUUUGCAGCAGGUCUCUUCUGGUCAUAGUUUCCAAGUGCACUCCUGUAAGAGGGAAACCAUAAAUGGUUGAGAUAAAAAGCAUUUGUUUCAUGAGUGAAAUUAUGUUCUUGAUGAUGUCCACAUUUAUUUAUGACCUUGAUGAACUGGCCUCAGAAAUGUGGGCUGAGAUAGAGGCAGAGGGGUCAGCUCUCACUGAGAUAGUCCUGAGUUUAGAGGGUCCCCUAUGAACAAAACUGGGGGGUGACUCAUUUGUCCUCUCAAAGCCGGUCCAUGGUGGCAUUGUGCCAGUGUUGAUCAAUUAUUAUAGUCUUUUCCUGAUUGGAUUGAAUAGUUGAUUCUUCCAGGUUUUGAUCCUUGUAUUACAACACUGCCUUGUUCAAAAUCUCAAGAACCAGUUCUGUGCUAUUAUUCUUGAAGUGAGGGUUCAGUACUACCAUGUCAGAUUUCCUUUGUUUAGAUUUUUAUCGCCAAGAAAUCUAAAUUAUCCCGUAUUGUAGCAACAAUUUUUUUUUACUAGAAUGUCAUGAUUUACAAACCAUCAUUGAAGGAGUAAUCAGAGUCAUUCUUAGCUGAAAGAGAGCGUUUGCCCUAUUGUAGCUCAAAACUGUCACUCUGGAUGAAUGUGUCAAGUAAAAAAAUGCAAAUAAAGAAAAAAUGAAAUGAUAUCGUUUUUUAAAAUUUGGCUGACAAACCCUGUAAUGGCAGAUACAAAUCUUAAGUCGUUAAAACCCAGUUGAUGUCACAGAUGGUAGAAGAAAGGACAUUAUUCAGUCCUACCACUAGGUGGCGCCAACUUUACAGAAGAAAUUGUUUCCUGUUUUUGAAGUCAAGGGAUUGUGUACUUUCAUUCUAAGUUCAACUUUGGAUUCCUGGUUCUCACAUGUUUUAUGGAUGUUACAGAUGUCGUUGUUUCUCAUCUCUUUGCCUUCAGGUGGAAGAAAAUCAGGAGACACAUGUUGGGAAACCCUCCGGUGAAGAAGAUUCAGCAGAAACAGUCGUGAUUCAGGUACCAAACAAAUGAAAUAGACACUCUUCUUAAAAUCAAUUAUUUAAAGACCUUCUGUUCGUGUGAUCAAAUUAUUCAUAACAGCAGAACUGAACAAAAUUCAUUUAUCAUCUCAACAGAUAGAUUCUCAGUCCGUACCACAAGAAGAAGUACAACAAGUGAGUAAAGAGGAAGAAGAACAACCAGCAGAGAGACCAAACCCAGAGACGGUAGAAGUUCAGACAUCCAACAGCCCCCAAGAAGAACUUAUUUUGGACUCUCAGGAUGAUUUCCAUCUAUUUUUGCCUGAUAGCACAGAACCAGGAACACAACAACAAACAGUUGACUCCACACAAAAAGAAAGUGUGCCAGAGGACUCCCUUGCAGCUCAUUCUGUCUCUCAGGAUGCCUCCUUUCAUAAGAAGUCCAGAAAGAAACAGAGAGAUACCCCUGAGUCAGAGCAACCAGAGCCACCACGUCGACGCACACGCAGGCAGCUUCAGCUCGAGGAGUUAUUCGAGUCUAAACCUUACGGCAAAAAACUCAGAUCGUCGUCUUCUUCUGCAUCACCAUCAUCAUCUCCCCAACCCCUGAGGAGAGUCAAAACAGCAUUUAGGUCAGCUCAUCUGAAAGACACGACAGCGGAGCAGCCACCCUCGAAAAGAGCCAGAGGGAAGGAUGCGCCUGCAGAGCCAGAGAGUGAAGCUGUCAUGCAGGAGAGUGAGACUUUAGAGCAAGAGAGUGAGCCUGCAGAGCAAAAGAGUGAAGCUGUGGUGCAGGAGAGUGAGCCUGCAGAGCAAAAGAGUGAAGCUGUGGUGCAGGAGAGUGAGCCUGCAGAGCAAAAGAGUGAAGCUGUGGUGCAGGAGAGUGAACCUGUGGUGCAGGAGAGUGAGACCACAGUGCCAGAGAGUGACCCUGCAGAGCAAGAGAGUGAGGCUGUGGUGCAGGAGAGUGAGACUAUGGUGCAAGAGAGUGAACCUGCAGAGCAAGAGGGUCAGCAGGAGGAGAGCGGAUCAGCUCGUGUCCAAGAAACAGCAAAACCAGGUUUAUCACAGAGCUUUGAUUGUAACAUAUAGACAGCAUCAACAAGUCUUCAAAAGUCUCUAAACUCCAGAUUUUCCUGUUUGUGUUGCAGAGGCUGAAUCUGUUUCAGUGCCACAGAAAGGAGAGAAGAAAAAAGGGAAAGAGAAGUUAUGGAUCCUAAAGAUGGCUGGAAUGGAGUUUGAUUGUGUCAGUAAAAGCCCAUCGUUAUAAACUACAUCUAUAUUAUUCUGUACAAUAUCUAUAUCCAGAUUAUACACUUUCUGGGUGUUUCUGGAGAGUUGACUGUUGGACUUACCCAGAGUUCAUUGCAAACUUGGUGGUGGGCAGGAUGUAUUGUAUGUUUGUGUAUUAAGCAGUAUGAGUAACACUUAGUAUGAACACACCUCUUAUAAUGCACCAUAAGCACAUAUAUAAAACCUUAUAAAUGCACAUAUAAAGCUUCACAAUGACCCUUAUGAGUGAUAAUGAACAUUCAUAUCAUAAAAUUCAUUUCCUGUCUUUCAGUCUCUUGAGGAUGAAACUCCAGAUCUACAAAACCAAACUGUGGCAACAACAGUUCAGCCUGCGCCCCCAGACCCCUCUUCAGAUGCUGCUUGCCCACAGUCUGAUCCUGAAAGUGUACCCAGCCCCCAGGUGGUUGUGCCAGAAACUCAGGCCCAGGCUUCCACGAGCAACUGCCCACCAGAGACUGUCUGCAAGCAGCCUGAAGAGGUUGCUGCACCAGCAGCUCCUAGGGCGGUCAGUGCGACCAACAAUCUCCACUUGUUCAUCUUCUGUGACUCUCAGGAGGAAGAUUCACAGUCUGCUGUCGGCGAGGACGCUGAAGUUCCACCUAAACCGAAGGAAACAGGGAACAAAGACGCUCCUUAUUCACUGACUCAAGCUCAGCUGGAGGAGGACAAACAGAGAAUCACAGAGCUGAUGAAACAGACAAACCAGGUGAGAGGACAGGGAGAUCUAGACUUCAUGUUGUUAUUUGAGGUCCACAAUAUCCUGAGGGGCUGCUGUUCACAAUGUCAAGAUUUUCAUUCUUAUUUAUCCAGUUUAUUUAGAGGAACACAGUCAGCCAAAACAGACAAAUGUAGUUCUGCUAGGAACACACUAGCAGACUAUUGGAUAGAAGACUUACAAUGCCUGUAAUAAUAGUGAAAUAAAUGUGAUUUUAGCAUUAACAGUACAGUAAAUGAUCCAGUCCAAUCUGCCUUAUUUAUAUAGAACAUUUUAAAAACAUUCAUGUUUACCAAAGUGCUGCAGUGAAAUCAAAAGAACAAACACUGCAGAAGAAAAAAAUAUCAAGAGGAAAUGAAUAAAGGAGGUAAAAAACAUUUAAAUUGAAAUAAAAUAAAUGAAAUAAAAACACAAAAACAAACAAACAAAAAAAAAUAGAAGUGAUAAAAGGACCAUAAAAGACAUGAUAUGUGGGGGUCUAACACAAACUACACCUAAGCUUUUUUUUGAUCAAGGUUAUUCCAAGUUACCUGGAAAUCAUGCUCUGCCUGUUGAACAUAUUUGGACAGGCUCCCCUCUGUUAUUCACUGUUUCUUUGUUAAUGGUUGUAUCUGUGCACCUGCUCCAGAGUCUGUAUAAAAUCAUUUCUAAUCUCUCUGAUCUUUUUUUCCCCAAACCAGGAUCUAUUUAAUGUGACCAAAGCCCUCUUAAGGACAAGCGGGGACUUUCCUGCCGCUCUGGAGCUGCUUUUGAAUCCAGGCAGCAUUUCAGGACCCUUCUGGGAUAGCCAUGAUGAUAAUCUUCUGCUCUCAGCUGAUCCAGAGGUCCGACAGCAGCUGCAGGAAAAAUACGGUGAGGAGGCGCUUUUGAAAAGAGUCGUAUUUCUUGAGGUAGAGGGAUGAAAUGAAAGACGGAUUAGUUAAAUAAAGAAGAGAAAAUAGGGUGAAGGUAUUUGUCAGCCAGAUCUCAGGCCGAGCCUUCACACGGUUAUAUUUUUAAACCCCUUUAACUCAGAUUGCCUAGAAAAACUGAAAUCAUGAAAAAUGAACUUUUCCGGAUGAUUUUGCCUCAAAAUAAUUUUAGGACAUAACAUUGAUCAUAUUUUUACUGUUUUAUGUUACUUUGGGAUUGUCUCUAUCAUUUUGCAAAUAUGAAUUCCUUUAACUUGUAUUUUAAAUGACUUUUUUUCAAUUGCUGCAUUAAAGAGGUGUUUAAUUUAUAUAUCUUUUAAGAAUUCUGUUUCACAUCAGUUUUUAUAAGUUGUAGUAUUAGAAUAGUUUAAAAAAAAAAGCAAUUGGUCCAAGAAAAGGUCCAAAGUUUGCAAAUUGAGGAUAACUUUGAGAAAAUAUCCCUAUAACCAGAAUAUGAGGAUCAAGUUUGUACAGUUUCACACACUGAUAAGGUUUCAACUUCCAACUGAAAUGAAGGUCAGAUAUAGAUUUUUGAGUAGCUGAUACUGAUACUAAUACUUAUAUCAAAACAUGUCCAGGUCCAUGGAGGGAAACACAGAUGUUAAAACUACCAAAAUAUCAAAAUGAAACUGUUUUGAAAUAUCCUAAAGAUUACCAAUUUGAGGCAUGAAAAACACACAGGACAGGUUAGAUUUUGUCUGUUUGUUAAAACUUACUCCCAAAUGCACUAGAGUCCCCAGAAACCUCUCCAUAGUCCUUGAAAACUUCCCCAAA